AUGCCUUGGAGAACAAUAAACAACAACAUUGAUUGUGGUGUGUUUACGAUGCGUCACAUGGAAACGUAUAUGGGUGGAAAUAUGAAUGAGUUUAAAGUUGGGUUCAAGAACGAGUCUUCUGCACAAGAUGAUCAACUUGUUAAACUGAGGACAAAGUAUUUAUACAAAAUCGUCACUCAUGAAUAUAAUUUGCAAAAGGAUUAUGUGCUGCAAAAGGUUGAUGAAUUGCACAAGAUUCCUUCAAGACAACGUUCUCAACUGUUGGCCAUUGCAAAGGAACAAAUUCACAGGAGAUUGGAUGAUUUAAGUUAA